AUGAACAAUUUCCAGAAGUGCCGAGGCCGGGAUCUGGAGCUUACAGACCUCACCACUGAGACCUUCGUGCUGAGCGAGAAGGUCCACGAAGCCCUGCAUAAAGUGAAGCACGAGCUGCAGCACGGCAGUGGAGCGGUGCUUUUGAGGUUCGGCCCAGAUUGGAUCCAUCAGCUGGGAGAAGAGGACUGCCGGCGCUGCUUCUUCGGCCUCUGUGCGCAUCUGGGUCGAGCGGUGGCGCAGUCCACUGACCUCGGUGAGCUGUGUGCGCGAGUGGAGGAUGCAAGAUCGCUGGAAGUCCUUGCAGCCACGCAUACCAAGCGACGGGGCUACCGCAAUGCCAAGGACCAAUUCCUCCACGUGGAUAGCUCAAUUCCGGCCGCACGUGGAGAGGGGAUCUGCGAUGUGCUGGCGAUGAUCUGCGUGCGGCCGGCUGCGGAGGGCGGCGUGAGCAAGCUCGCCAGUGCGGCGGAGAUUUAUGCGCGCCUGCAGGAAAAGCCCUCGCUGCUCAAGCUGGUAGAACGGGGCUUCAAGUACGAUGCCAAGUCCGUGGAGUACCAUCCGAGCUGGCGGCGGCUGCCUCCCUCGGAUGCAAAAGAGCGGCCUAUGGCCUACAAGGAUGCAAACGGGCGCCCCUGCAUCCAGUAUGCCAAGAACAUGGUUGAGACCAUCAUGGCGGUCUAUCGAGGCACCGAAGAAGAGGAUCAGGUGCGCUCAGCACUGGCAGAGCUUGAGGAGGUCUGCAGCGAUCCUUCCGUGGUUCAGCAUUGGGACCUCACCACUGGGGAGGCUUACCUUGUGGACAACUAUCGGUGGCUCCACGCAAGGACUGCGUUCACAGACGACCCUCAAUCGCCCCGGUUGUUCUUCCGCCUCUGGCUGCAGGUCGAAAACUUCAACAGCCGUGAGGAUCCCGCUGAGCGCCCAAGGGGUGAAAAAGCGGCUCUGCAGAGUUUCUCGGUUGCCGCAGCGACAGGGCUCCAGUUGGCCCUUUGGCACUUGGAAGACAUCAUCUCGGCCAACGCCGGGCUGGCGGCCGCAGGGAGCUGGCGUCUUGCGACCGCCGUUUUCCACGACCUGGGGAGGCAGAGUUUGCAACCGACUACCAUCACCUUCAACACCGCUGUGUUGCGAUGCGAGGAGGCCAACACGUGGCAGAAGGCCUUGGACAUCCUCCUCUUGCUACUUCGUGCCGCCGAGCCGAGCGUGGCUUCGGCGAACGCUGCAGCCGGCGUCUGGGGACGUCAGAGUUGGCAGAAGGCUUUUGGAGUGCUGUCGCCGGAUGCCCUCGGAGAAGCAUUACAGUACGAUGUGAUCACCUACAACGUCAUCACCUCGGCGGCUGCGAGACAAGGAUGCUGGGCCGAAGCAGCUGUCUGCAUGCCCGAAAUGCGGCGGAGGCUUAUUCAACCUGACAUCAUCUCCUUGAAUGCCCAGGUCGACGCUUGCGCCAAGGGCACCGCGUGGUCGGCUGCGCUGUCUGCGCUUCCCGCGCGGCCGGCGCCGGCAGCCUUUAACGCAGCGCUCAGCGCGGCCAGCAACGGAGGCCAGUGGUGCCUCGCCUUAGCUUUCUUAGCGCGGCGCCCCUUCGCCGACGUUGUCGCCUUCAACGCCGCGGCCUUGGGAGCGCCCUGGGCCCUGGCUACAGCUUUGCUGCGGUCUGCAUCGAGCCGGAGCCUGGGCUUGACGACCAUUAGCAUCAACAGCAGCAGCUCGGCUUCCGCGUGA